AUGGCCGAGAUUCGUUAUACACGUAACUUGUUUCUUCGUUUCAUUUGUGCUAUUUAUCUUUUUGCUUUUGCAUCUCUCUACGUUCAAAUACCAGGGUUGUAUGGAAACAAUGGGAUCCUUCCCGCAAGAACUCAAAUGGAUGUUAAAGAAACCGAAUUCGCCGCUAAAUUACAGAAAAAACCAACAUUAUUAUGGUUUGCACCAUAUUUAGGCCUUGAUACUGAAUAUAUGAUGGAUGUACUUGCAUUGAUAGGAAUGUUGUUUUCUUUUACAGGGUUUUUUUCACAAAAGUUCUGUUCUAAGUCUACAUUCACUGCUCUUUGGUCCUUAUACUAUUCUCUUUACCAAGUUGGACAGACUUUUAUGUGGUUUCAAUGGGAUAUCCUCCUUUUGGAAACAGGCUUCUUGUGUAUUCUGAUUGCUCCUCUCCGUCAUAAGGCAACAAGAUCUGCUAAGAAGCAGCAGCCAGGAUCACCAAGAGAUCAUGUUACAUUUUGGCUAGUAAGGUGGCUUCUUUUUAGGCUGAUGUUCUCUUCUGGUAUUGUCAAGUUAACCAGUGGCUGCCCAACAUGGUGGGGUCUUAGUGCACUCUCAGUUCAUUUCGAGUCUCAAUGUAUACCGACUCCAGUGUCAUGGUACUGGCAUCAUUUACCACAGUGGCUCUUGAAAUUAGGAGUUGUUGGUACUUAUUUUAUUGAAAUAAUGCUUCCACCAUUUUUCUUCUUUCCCGUCAGAGCAGUCAGGAUUACUGCUUUCUUCCUCCAGGUUUUGUUACAAUUGGCUAUAAUACUAACAGGAAAUUACAAUUUUUUCAACUUGCUCACAAUCGCUUUGUGUCUCAGCCUUUUAGAUGAUGAUUGUUUUUAUAAAACUACAAAGAAGUCUGGUAUAUUUAUGAAGCUAUUUAAAACAGCUAUCACUGUUGGUGUAUAUUUAGGACUGAUAUAUGCAACAGUUGUUCUGUAUGGACUGAAAAUCAUGCCAGGAGGUGUUGUUGAGUCAAAAAUAACGUUUUCAUCAGCACAGUUCGACAGUACUCUGGGACGGGCUAUCCCUGCCCUCGUUGGUGUAGCUUUAUUGUCUCUUCUGCUUGCAUCCCUCAAAGCUUUGACUCAGGCCUGUACACAACCUUCAUCUGGAAUAUUUUCUAAGAUAGCUUCAAUUGGAUCUACAUUGUUUUAUAUAUUUACUGCAUUGUUCCUGUUUGCAGACAGCUUGGUUCCGUUUUCAACUUUGCAUCCAGCUGGAAACAAAACUGUCCUGCCAGAAGCUAGAGAAUGGCAUGAUAAGCUGUCAGGUCUUCAUUUAACAAAUUCUUAUGGAUUAUUUAGACGAAUGACAGGUGUUGGAGGACGACCAGAGGUUAUUAUUGAAGGAUCUAAUGCCUUAGAUGGCCCUUGGACUGAAUUUCAUUUUAAAUACAAGCCGGGUGAAGUUAAUAGGAGUUUGCCAUUUGUUGUGCCUCAUCAGCCCAGAUUGGAUUGGCAAAUGUGGUUUGCCGCAUUAGGCACCUAUCAUCAGAAUCCUUGGAUAAUGUCUCUUGCUUAUCGUAUUUUAACUGGUCAAGAGGAAGUCCUGAAGCUGAUGGCCCCAAGUCCAUUUUCACCAAAACCUCCGAAAUACGUUAGAGCAACUCUUUAUAAAUACCAUUAUGUACCAUGGUCAUCCAGAAAUUCAGCUGCUUAUUGGACAAGAGAAAAGGUUGGAGAAUACUUCCCAAUUUUUGCAAAAGACCACACACCUCUUCUUGAUUACCUCAAAAGUUUCAAAAUCUUAGGCCAAGAAAAGAAAAAAGAAAGUGUAUCACCCUUGGCCGUCAACUACUUAAAUUUAGUAAGACAAGGAUUUUCUGCGAUCGAACCACCUCUCCUUAUGUUGUCUUUGUUAUUGAGUGGUAUUGCAAUCAUUUUGGCCUCAUCAUAUAUUGGAAGUGGAAGUCAACACAAACCAGUCCCUCAACAGACACAACAAAAAAAACAAAAUCAGCGAAGAACUAAAAAUUAA